AUGUCUGAUUCAAAGCACGAAGACGUCGAAAAGACCAGCAAUGGCGAGGAACAGGCUGCAACUGGUGAGAAGCACCAGAUUCAGCAUGACUCUCCCGAUGCGAAGCGUACCAAGAAAGAGGCUGGCCAGACGACUCUUGAUGAUGUGGUGGUCAUUUCGGAUGAUUCUAAGGAUAAUGACAGCACUGCGGAAAAGGAAGAUGACUCCGAGGCCAAGUCUGACAAGGAGGAAAUCAAUGGCAAAGACUCCCAGUCAGAUGACAAGAAAGAGGUCGACGGCAAAGAAUCUGAGACAAAUGGAAAGCAGGAGACAAACGGCAAAGAUGCUGUCAAGCCGUCCGAGGAACCUGAUGUCCCCUCAAGCAUCCUCGAAAAAGGCAUCAUCUACUUCUUCAUCCGCGGUCGCGUGAAUCUCGAAGACCCCGAGAGCGUUGAUGACAUCGCACGUUCCUUCAUCAUGCUUCGACCCAUCGCAAAAGACGCUCGUCUCGGCGAUGGUCCCAUUGCUGACUCCGGAAACACUCGCAUCCUUGCUCUUCCCAAGAAGACCCUCCCCGAAAGUGGAAAAGAGCGAUACAUGGUAUUCGUCGAAAAGUCUGGCGCCUCAUAUGACGAGAUCAAGAAGGAGUUCUUGUCCGCAGACGAGUAUGAAACCAAGACUGCUGGUACACGUCGUACACCACCUGCUAAGCCUGUUGGUGAGGGUGUGUAUGCUAUCACGUCGACUGGCCGAGAGAGUCAUUUGGCUUAUUUGACGACGUUGCCUGAGAAGCUUGAGGAGGUUCAGAAGGAGUUGGGACUGAAGGAGAAGGGAAGCUUCAUUAUCAGCACCAAGAACCCUCAGUAUCCAGGACCUCAAAACACUCAAUUGCCUGAGGGGCCCGACUUUCCAAAAGAAAUCAUUGAUGAGUUCCGCUCUCUGCGCUGGCUUCCAUCUAAGCCAUCUCACUUUGACUACCCCAACGCCCAGAUCCUUCUCAUCGGCGAAUCAGAUGGUAUUGAGAAGGCUGUUGAGCCCCAGAAGAAGGACCAGAAGGACGGAAAGGAGGAGCCCGAGACGGUGCUUGAACAUCUUGAGGAUGAUGAUGUGAAGCGCAUGAAGCAUCUUGCUGAUGACCAGUCUGCAGCUAUCUAUGCCGACUUGCAUGUUCAGGCCAAGGAUUAUCCCAAGAUGCAGACGACAUUCUAA